UGGAGUAUAAUCUACAGAUACUUACAUAAAAUUCCAAUAAGAUCGUUUUAAAUGAUAACAGCAGUGUUUUUAAGAAUUAUAAGGGCCAGUGCAGUGUAUCUGAUUAUGAAAUUAACUUUCAAUAAUCAAAUAUUAUUAGCAGCGUCUGCCUCAUAAAAAUCUGAUAGGUCAAGCGAACUAAAUAGCUAAACAAAUAGCUCUUGUGCAGUGUCUUUACUUUAUUUUUACUAGUAUAUUUGUAAAUAAGCUCAGAAAUUGUAAAUAAAUGUUAUUAGAUCAUACUUUAGUAGUGUAAAUCAGCAAUAAUGUCAUCAUCAAUGAUUGAGGACCCUGUGAAGUUGGAGGUGACUAACGAAUCUUUUCGAGCGUGCAGAGUCUGUCUCGCCUGGGAUGUGAAACUGUACAGCAUUUAUGAAUGGGGUCUGAGUGAUAUGUUCAUGGAGAUUAUGGGAACUACAAUAUCUGUGUGGGACGGGCUUCCGCAGCACUUGUGUGUGUGGUGCCGUGUGCAGCUAGGGCGGGCGCGGGCGCUCCGCGCUCGCUGCCGCCGCUCCGACGCGCUGCUCAAGCAGGCACUGCAGCAUCAGCACUUUAUCACAGACUUUUUCAUUCGUACCAUUGACCGCUCUAUGCAUGGAUUGACAAACACACUCUCUAGUCAUAGAAAUCCCGAAAAUGUGAUCGAAAUUGAUAUAUAUGAUCAAGCGUCACUAGACGAUGAUAGAAAAUUAGAAUGUAAAGAUAUAAUACAAAAGAGCGACACAGAAAAUGACAAGCCAGAACUUGACUUAAACUGGGACGAUGAUGAUGAUGUGUUUCUUAACAAACUAAGUUCUGAUAGUGAAUAUGAACAAGAUUUAAGUAAAGUAAAGAAAAAAAUGAAUAAAAAAGUUGCUACUGUACAUAAAUUACCAAGAGUAGAAAUAGUAGAAGUCAACAUAGAGCCUCAAGAUAUAGUAGUUGAAGAGAAAAAGACUAGAAAACGGACAGUUAGACAGAAAAUUGAAAAAAAAGCUAAAGAAAAAGUUUCAGUCAAAGUUAAAAGUAAAGCAAAAGUGAAGUCACAAGUUAAAAUAAAAGUUAAAGAGACUAAUAACAUAAAGGAUAAUGAUACAGUUAAGGUAAGAAAAAGAAAGCCUCAACGAUUCAUAGAAAAGCUAGGGACAGAGGAAGAAAUUAAAGAAUUUGAAAAGAAAUACAAUUUUCAAGUGCAGAAUUUGACGGAAGAGGAAAUGGCAAAAGACAUGGAAGAAAGGAAGAAGUCGGAUAACUACCUGAAUGGAAUGUACAAGUGUGAAUUAUGUUAUAAAGGAUUCCUCACACACACUUCUUAUAAUAACCAUUUGAAGUCACAUGAUGUGACGCGCGGCGAACACGAGUGUCAGUACUGUCAUCUGCGCUACCACACGCCCGGCAAGCUGCGCGACCACAUGCGCAACGCGCACCGCCUCAAGUUCCUGUGUGCCGUCUGCAGCAAGUUCAUGGCAGGGCUACAAUGCGCGAUUCUGCACGCCGCGUUUCACUCAGGCACCACAUUUCAAUGCGCGCACUGUGACAAACAGUUCCUCAAGAAGACAUCGCGUUCAACGCAUAUGCGUAUAGCUCACCCGUUGGAGAACGCUAGCAUCGGCACCUGUGAGCUGUGUGGAGAAAUCUUCACGAGCCGCCAGGGGCUCAAGAUGCACAAGACUAGGAGCCACAGGGAGUCGCUGGACCGCAGUCUGUUCUGCCGCAAGUGCCGCCUGCAGUUUGAAACCACGGAAGCCUUGCGGCGCCACAAGGACCAACAGCCUGGCAAGCGUUGCUACAAUAACAAGAGCGCGUGCCAACAAUGCGGAGCGCUGUUCAAGACAGAGGAAGGACUGAUACAACACAAGCGCGAGACGCACGGCGUCGAAUUGUUCACUUGCGACGCGUGCAACAAAUCGUUCCUGUCAAAAAUGUCCCUUUCGGUACAUAUCGACCGGUUGCAUCUAAACAUCAAACCCGGAUCCGGUAGACAACAGUACUACGCUCGUCUGCAAAGGAAGAGGGGGGACAAACCUAAAGGAACUCAGCCUAGGGAGAAGAAAAAUGUUUGCGAAGUUUGUGGAAAAUCCUUCACGUGCCUGUCAGUACUGAAGACUCACCAGUUGGACCACACGGGAGACCGCCCCUUCAAGUGUUCACAGUGCCCCAAGGCGUACUUAUACGCCUGGCAGCUGAGGAACCACAGCGAUUGCGUCCACCGCCGCAUUCGCAAGUGGCGCUGCUCUGAGUGCCCGAAGACCUUCCUCCACCAGUCAUCAGUCUACGUUCACAAACUGAUUCACACGGGUAAAAGGACACACAUGUGCAGUUACUGCGGGAAGGCGUUCCUGCAAUCCGGCUCUUUGUACACACACGUCAAAUACGUGCACCUCAAGGUCAAACCGCCGCCGCGCAAACGGAAGAAGGACAAACCGUGCCUAUGAGACCUCCCCGAAUGUCCAAAACCGGCCAAAUUUUAGUACUGUAAAUAAACUAGCCGGUAUUACUCAGAAACUCAUAGGUUACGGUGACCGCUUUCCAUCAGGCGGGCCGUAUACCUGUUUGCCACCGACGUGGUAUAAAAAAAACCGGCCAAGGGCGUGUCGGGCCACGCUCAGUGUAGGGUUCCGU